UACUUGCGAAUUUAGGUGAGGUUUUGUUAUUUAAAAGGAAAAGUAAUAAUUUCAUAAAGAAAGAAUUAUUAAAAACGGGUUUGAGACAAUAAAUACUGUAUAAUUAAAACAAUUGUUAUUUAAACAAGAAAAUAAAAUAUGCCACCAAAGGAACGCAAUAUUGCUAUGAUGGGAUAUAGAUCUGUGGGAAAAUCUUCACUAAGUAUACAAUUUGUGGAAGGCCAAUUCGUUGAUUCUUAUGAUCCAACAAUAGAAAAUACAUUUACGAAAGUUACUCGUGUUAAUUCCCAAGAUUAUAGUGUAAAAUUGGUGGAUACUGCUGGACAAGAUGAAUAUAGUAUAUUCCCUGUACAAUAUAGUAUGGAUUUUCAUGGUUAUGUAUUGGUUUACUCAAUAACCAGUCAGAAAUCAUUUGAAGUUAUUAAAAUUAUUUAUGAAAAACUAUUGGAAGUUAUUUGCAAAAAAUAUGUACCUGUAGUAUUGGUAGGUAAUAAAACUGAUUUACAUCAAGAACGUACUGUAUCAACAGCCGAGGGGCGUAAAUUAGCUGAAUCAUGGCGUGCUGCAUUUUUAGAAACUUCGGCUAAACAAAAUGAGUCUGUAGCUGACAUUUUCCAUCAUUUAUUAAUGUUAAUUGAAAAUGAAAAUGGGAAUCCUCAGGAAAAAAGCAGUUGUAUCGUUUCGUGAGCUUUUACUUAGCAAAGAAUCAAAACAGUCUUUUUGACUCAAAAAACAAAAAAGAAAAAAAAUAAACAGUCCUUCGAAUCAGUUGAAACUGUAACAACAAACGGGAUUGAAAAAAGUUUAGAUUCACAUCCUGGAUUUAUAAUUUCAUAAAGAUUUAGUUUUCUGUAAUUUUCUCAAAAUAGGCUGUAGUGAAAGAAGGAAAUGUAAAAGAAAAUAAUUCUUAAGUAGUAAUUAAUUGUAGUGAUUUCUUGAAAAAAAAAAACACUUUUGUAAAUUAUAUACAUAUAGCCCUUUUUUUUAAUAUUUAGUUGUAAUUUCAUUUCCAAAUCACUAUUUUAAUGCGAAAUUCUUUUAAAAAGAUUAGUUUUUAUUUUUAUUUCGAGUAUUCUCGGAUAAAGACAUACAUCUCUCCCUAUCUUAAUUUAUAUAAUUCCUGUGUACUGUAAACAAAUUUUAAGUUU